GGCUCGGAAGAUGGCUGGCGCUGGAGGGAAUGCCCUCUUGCAACCGCAGCGCCGAGCGGAGCGCAGGCUUGGCGGGGCCGCGCGGGGGACGCUGCUGGGGCCGGGUCGAGGAAGCGCCCAUCGCCCUCCUUUUGCACCGGCCGCAGGGACUGCAAUCGCCGCCUGGGUUUUAAUUUUUUAACCUCUAUAUCGAUCGACCUCUAUAUUUCCUUUUUUUUUUUGAAAGAGUUCCCUUUGGCCACCUUCCCUCGCUCAGCCCAGGAAGCACCAUGAGUCUCCCUGAAGAUGCAGCGAAGGAAAAAUUGCUCUGGAAUGUGAAGAAGGAGGUGAAGCAGAUCAUGGAAGAAGCCGUAACCCGGAAGUUUGUGCACGAAGACAGCAGCCACGUCAUUGCAUUGUGCGGGGUGGUGGAAGCUUGCCUUCUGCACAUGCUCAAGAGACGGGCAGCCGGCUUCCUGCGGACCGACAAGAUCGCCGCCCUAUUCACCAAGGUCGGCAAGACGUACGACGUUGCCAGCGACGUGUGCAAGAAAGCCCAGGAGCUGCUGCAGCAGGUAGAAGGCAGGUCACCUUUAAGAAAGCUGGAGAAUAUAGCGAGGAGUUUCAGCUAUCAGCCAGCGCCUCUUUCACUCCUCAGGAGAACUCAGCCGGCUGGCCAGGAAUCCCUCAAGAGGCAGACGUCCACCACGAGCAAAGCCCCUGCCCUGACCCCACAAGCUGUCAAGCACAUCUGGGUUCGCACCGCUCUGAUCGAAAGGGUGCUGGACAAGAUUGUGCAGUACGUGGUGGACAACUGCAGCAAAUAUUACGAGAGAGAAGCUCUGCUGGCAGAUCCGGUCUGUGGGCCCAUCUUGGCUUGCCUGCUGGUUGGACCCUGUGCCCUGGAAUACACCAAGCUGAAAACAGCUGACCACUUCUGGACAGACCCCUCGGCCGACGAACUGGUCCAACGGCAUCGCAUCCACGGAGCCCACGGCCGGCAAGACUCUCCGUCCAAACGGCCGGCGUUAGGAAUACGGAAACGGCACUCCAGCGGAAGCAUGUCGGAGGAUCGCUUUGCUGCCUCGGCUAGGGAUUACGUCGAGUCGUUGCACCAGAAUUCCCGGACGCACUUGCUGUAUGGAAAGAACAACGUCCUGGUUCAGCCCAAAGAUGACAUGGAGGCCAUCCCGGGCUACCUCUCUCUCCACCAGUCGGCCGAUUCCCUGACUCUGAAAUGGACGCCGAACCAGCUCAUGAAUGGGACGCUGGGGGACUCGGAGCUUGAGAAAAGCAUCUACUGGGACUAUGCCUUGAUUGUGCCAUUUAGCCAAAUCGUGUGCAUCCACUGCCAUCAGCAACCAGAGCGAGGGGCGACGCUGGUUCUGGUGAGCCAAGAUGGCAUCCAACGGCCCCCGCUUCACUUCCCGCCUGGCGGACACCUCCUUGCCUUCCUCUCUUGCCUUGAAAACGGCCUUCUGCCCCGUGGACAGUUGGAGCCUCCACUGUGGUCCCAGCAGGGAAAGGGCAAAGUUUUCCCCAAACUCCGGAAACGGAACACCCACAACAGGUCUGUGGAUCUGGAAGAAAUGCCAGUGGCUAUGGAGACGGCUGCAGAUUACGUCUUCAGGAUCAUUUACCCAGGCCAUAGGCACGACAACAUAACUAUUAACUACCACCACUUAGCUGCCAGCCGCUCUGCCUCCGUCGACGAUGACGAGGACGACGAAGACAAGCUGCACGCAAUGCUAUCCAUGAUCUGCAAUCGGAACCUCACAGAUCCUAAAAGGAUGAAAGAUAUCGGCGACACGUCAGAGAUGCAGGGGUUUGGGGCCAGCUUGUUGUCGUGGCAGCUGGACCCGUGCAGCCAGGGGUCCUCCUGCCUCUCGUGCUCCACCGGCAGCUCCCCUUACGACGUUCCCAGCUGCUGCACCUGCAUCCACGACAGGACCCCUCUAAAAAUGUUAUGCCAAAGCAUGAAGAAACAGAUUAUUUCCAGAGCCUUCUAUGGAUGGCUCGCCUACUGCCGACACCUGUCCACCGUCCGGACGCACCUGUCUGCCCUGGUAAGCCACACCAUCAUCCCUCCGGACAAACCCACAAGUGCCGCGGGGGGCCUGACGAAAGAGGUCUGGAGCAAAUAUCAGAAGGACAAGAAGAAUUACAAGGAGUUGGAGCUCCUCCGGCGAGUUUACUAUGGUGGGGUGCAGCACGACAUUCGGAAGGAGGUGUGGCCGUUCUUGCUGGGACACUACAAGUUUGGCAUGACCAAGAAGGAGAUGGGCCGGGUUGACGAGGAAAUUGCGCUCAGGUAUCAGAAAGUGAUGGCCGAGUGGAAAGCCUGCGAGGUGAUUGUGAAGCUUCGGGAGAAGGAGUCUCAAACGGCCACCAAAUUCUCCUCCGGCAGCAGCAUAGACAGCCAUGUCCAGCGGUUGAUCCACAGGGACUCCACCAUCAGCAACGAUGUGUUUAUAUCCGUCGAUGAAAUGGACUCUGUAGAGCGAGACCUGAAGGUUCAGGAAGACCCAUCUUUGACCGGGGGCUGCAGCGAUGCACCAACGGUCAUUGUGGCUGUGGAGCAGCAGCAGUCGGUAGAAUUUGACUCCCCCGACUCCGGGCUCCCGUCCUCCCGGAAUUACUCCGUCACGUCGGGCAUCCUGUCCAGCAUUGAUGACGGGCAGAGUGUCUGCUUUGAGGACGGGGCCGAGGAGGAAGCUGGCACCGAUCCACAGAGGCAAGAUUCAGACCAGGAUUCUCAAGCCAAGGGCUCGGAACCCCAGGAGUUAGUAGCUGAGGAACAGCCCUGUUCCCAGAUGGACUGUAAGGAACCUGCAGAGGAGGCCAUAUCUGUGUGUUCUGCAUCUUAUACGAUAGAAAUGUUGGACACUGUUGCCUUAAACUUGCACAGAAUCGAUAAAGACGUACAGAGGUGUGAUCGGAAUUACUGGUAUUUCACCGCUGAGAACCUGGAGAAACUACGGAACAUUAUGUGCAGUUACGUUUGGGAACAUUUAGACGUUGGCUACGUCCAAGGAAUGUGUGACCUCCUGGCUCCACUCAUGGUUAUACUCGACAAAGACGAGUUGGCUUACAGUUGCUUCACCCAUCUCAUGAAGAGGAUGAGUCAAAAUUUCCCUAACGGAGGUGCCAUGGACACACAUUUUGCAAACAUGAGGUCCUUGAUCCAGAUUCUGGAUUCCGAACUCUUCGAACUGAUGCACCAGAACGGGGAUUACACUCACUUCUACUUUUGCUACCGCUGGUUCCUGCUGGAUUUUAAGAGAGAAUUGUUGUACGAGGAUGUUUUUACAGUGUGGGAAGUUAUUUGGGCAGCAAAAAUGGCAGAGCACCACAACGCGCAGGAGAUCCUGAAGAUCGCGAGAGAUCUGGUCUGCAAAGUGCAAACGCUGAUCGAGAACAAGUGA